AUGCUGGAUCAGCGCGGCACGGGACCGGACCCGGACCCGGCCGUGGCCAUCGCCGUCGCGGUUGCCGUCCUCGUCGCUCUAUACUUGGUCCGCCUCAACCAGCUGUUUCUGAGCACGCCCGACGAGGUCAAGAAGGCGGCGCCGACCAGAUGGACGGACAAACUGCUGCGAGACACGUACGCGAGGCUCGAGGCGCACCCCGUGACGACUAAAUCCUACGCCGCCCGCAUCCCUCCCAAGCUCGAGAGACGAUAUAUCGUCACUGGCGGUUCCGGUCUCGUGGGCGGCUUCAUCGUCCUGCAGCUUCUCGAACGGGGCCAACCGCCCGAGAGCAUCCGCGUCGUCGACUUUCGGGCGCCCGACCGCGCCGACAUGCUCCGGGGCCCGGCGACGCGCGUCGACUUUGUCCGGACCGACAUCUCCUCGGCCGAGGCGACGGCGAAGGCCUUCUCGAAGCCGUGGCACCCGUCGGUCGCGGGCCUGCCCCUGACCGUGUUCCACACCGCGGCCGUCAUCGUGCCGUCGGACCGGUCCCGGCUCCUCUCGGGCUUCUGCGAGGCCGUCAACGUCCGGGGCACCCGCAACGUGGUGGAGGCGGCGCGGCGGGCGGGCGCCGACGUGCUCGUGUCCACCACGUCGGCCAGCAUCAGCAUCCGCCCCGUCGAGCUCUGGGUCCCGCCCUGGCGGCUGUGGUCGACCCGGGCCUCCCCGCCCCGGGGCUACUGGCAGGUGCAGGACGAGAGGGACUUCUUCGAGCCCCUGCGCGAGCACGCCGCCUUCUACGCCAACUACCCGGCGUCCAAGGCCGAGGCGGAGCGGACCGUGUGUGCGGCCAAUUCGGCCGCCUUGCGGACCGGGUGCAUCCGGCCCGCCAACGGAGUCUACGGCAACCCUACCGACAACACCGUCGGCGGCGCCCUGGCAUGGAGACUCUAUCCCACUCGUCGUCCCUGCGGCAGGUGGACUUCGCACAUCGUCCAGAACUUUGUCCACGGCAUCAACGUGGCCAUCGCGCACCUCGACUUCGAAGCGAUCCUCGCCGCGACCGGGUCCGAGUCGCGCCCGCAGGCCGGGCGGCCCUUUGUCGUCACGGACCCGAACCCGCCCAUCCGCUAUGGCGACCUGUACCGCCUCCUGCGGACCCUCUCCGUCACCCGGUUCCGCGUGCUGCCCCUCCAGCCGGUGCUCAUGAUCCUACUGUCGUACCCCAUCGAGUGGUACACGCUCGCGCUCGCCCGGUGGCCCGCCCUGCGCCGGGUCCUGCCACGGCUCCCCGGCAACGUGAAGCACCUCCAGCCGGGCAUCUUCAGCAUCUGCACCCACCUGGUGGCGUCCAACGACGCGGCCGGCCGCCCGGUCGCCCAGGGAGGGCUCGGGUACACUGGGGUGCUGACGACGCUCGAGGGCAUGACGCAGGAGGUCGUCGAGUGGAACCGGGACCACCGGGACGCCAAGGAGGGGCCGCCCAGGUCGUACAAGACCAGCGUCUCGCUGGCCGACGACAUUGCCAGGGCGGCGGCGGUGAUGGAGUCCGUUACAGGCGGUUGA